UGCCACAUCAUUGCACUUUUUGCCGGUCAGAGAUACACUCAGGGAAUCACUGCAGGCCAGUCAGAAGCUCUGGGUGUCGGUGUCAUAUUUCUACGUAUCGCCAUGUGUCAGUGCUGUUUGCAUACAGAGUCUCUUCAUAUUUAGAAAGUUUCAGAUCCCUUGGGGAAGUAAUCCAGCAGAGAAGAGUCAGGAGACCAUGUGCCGGCAACAGCAGCAUCCGCACUUCUCCUUGCUGCUGACCUGGUGCAGCCUGCUGACGGUGGCUGUGGUGGCCGUGGCUGCUGCCUUGAUGAUAUCGACGAUACGACAGCAGGAGCAGAAUGCAUCAAAGGUACCUGGGAUGCAAGAGAGGCAUCAGGCUGAUGCAGUGAUUGCACCAACUGGCGCAACAAGCACAUCAAGUACUGCAAAGAAUGCACCAACUACCGCGACAAGAGGAAACAUCUGGCAUAUUCAACUAACUUACAGCGACCUUGAGAAAAAGUGGAUUCAGGACCUGCAAAUACACGACUCCAUCACCUCGACCUUCCUCCACAACAGCUCGGUCACCCUGAACACCGGAGGGCUCUACUAUUUUUACGCCGUAACCACAUUCCGUCCGUGCGAUAAGAAGAAGACAGUGGUGCUGGUGAGGAAUAAGAUCCCAGGGCGUAAGGAAAAGCUGACGCUGAGCGAAGUGCGCAUGACUUUGAGCGAAGGCAGCAUGUCUUUGAGUAAGCUAAUUAGCUGCGAGAAAGGAGACAGUCUGACGCUAGAGGUGAUUCCCGUAGAAUGUCUACGAUGGAGCCCUGAAAAGACAUACUGGGGUCUGUUCCUGCUGUCUUAAUAUUUCUAGAGACGGGGGUAUUAACUUAUCAUCGACAUCUGGAAGGGGCUCUCACUCUGUGACGGUUGUUUUCUCAAAACGCUGGCGUAUUUUAAACAGUUCCGUUGAAACUUAAGACAAAAGCAGUGAAACCCCACAGUUUUGACUAACUCCACACCAUUCUUAGAAAAAAGGAGUCGUGGGGUUAUUUUUAUAAUUACCUGUUUUAAACUUAUGUGAAAUGAAAACCCACAGUCAUGUGUGUUGUUGGAAAGUAUGCGGACUGCAUAUAACAUGGGUUGAGUUCAGUAUUAUCAUUUAAGUGGUAUCAUUUAAAAGUAUUUUGAAUGUAAUACAUAAGUAGGCUUUUUAAAUGUUUAUGAUUGUGAUGUUCUCAUUUUUAUAUUUGCUAUAUAAUUUGAAUGCCAUUUAUUUAAUUUGCAGUGACUGUAAA